CUUGGAAUCGCCAGAGGUCUUUUCUAUCUCCAUCGUGACUCAUCUUUAAGAGUAAUACAUAGAGAUUUAAAGGCCAGCAACAUUCUUUUGGAUGAGAAGAUGAAUCCAAAAAUAUCAGAUUUCGGUUUGGCUCGUAUUUUCCAGGAAACAGUAGAUAUGGCAAACACUCAAAGAGUUGUUGGAACUUUAGGCUACAUGUCUCCUGAAUAUGCCAUGAGCGGAGUCUUCUCAGAAAAAUCAGAUGUUUUUAGCUUUGGUGUCUUGAUCAUAGAGAUAGUGAGCGGCAAGAAGAACUCUAACUUCCAUUAUUAUGAGCAGAACCUCAGCCUUGUUGCUUAUGCAUGGCAAUUAUGGAGUGAGGGUAAAGGAGUGGAGUUUGUAGAUGAAGCAAUGGGUGGCUCAUAUGUUGCAUUAGAAGCAAUAAGAUGCAUACAUGUUGGGCUGUUAUGCGUACAAGAUCACACCACAGAUAGACCAAGCAUGCAUGGCAGAUGUAAUUUUCAUGCUCAGCAAUGAAACAAAUCGUCCUCAACCCAUUCGACCAAUAUUUACUUAUCAUAACUCUCCCAGAUCGCAAAAGGGUACUACAAGCUCUGUCAAUGAUGCCACGGUCUCAAUGAUAGAAGGGCCUUAAAACUAAGAGUUCGUUUGAUGACAAUUUUUUAAUUAAUUUUCUGUUUUUUUAAUUAAAAAAGUAAAAAUAUUUUCUAAAAAUAUAUUCUAUAGAACUGUUUUCACUUUUUAAUUUUUUAAUUGAGAAUCAAAAUUUAAAAAAAUAUAUAUUUUUGAAAUUUUUUUAAACAAUUUUUAUUAAUUAAUAUUUUGGACUUCGAUUUUAACCUAGACCUUGGGACCUAGAUUCGAACCACUGCUCUUCUGAUCCUAGACUCAGACUUGAAUCUAACUUAAAUAAAUUUAAAAAAUAAAAAGUAUAGAAUAUAUUUUUGUUUUCUAUUUUUAAAAUUAAAAAACAAAAGUAGUUAUAGAAAAUAUUUUCGUGUACUGGUGUCCAAUUAAUGGAUUAU